GUAGAUUAUGCUUUUUCGCGGGAAAUAAAAAACUGUGUCACUUCUGUUUCUGUCAGAAAUUUGUGUUUGACUUUGUAUUUGUAGAUUAUUAUUUAUUUUUUGUUAUUGUACUUAAUUUUUAUAAAAUUACCUAAACAGAAAAUGCCGGAAGUUAUGAUCUAUGGUAUACCUGUGAGUUUUCCUUUCGAGCCAUACGAUGUUCAAAAGGCCUACAUGGAGAAAGUUAUUGAGAGCUUACAAAACAAUACAAAUGCCUUACUGGAAUCGCCGACCGGUACGGGAAAGACUCUCAGUCUGCUGUGUUCGUCACUGGCAUGGUUAUUAGUUAAAAAGGCGCAAUUACAAAUGAAUGCUCAACUUGGGAACUUCGCCGAACAUGGUGGGUUUAGUGGGAAUUUACGGGACAACUUGAAUAAAGCGAAUGCUGGGAAAGGGAAGGAUAACACGACAUGGGGUAUGCCUAAAAUAAUAUAUUCAUCAAGAACACACUCUCAACUCACCCAAGCUAUGCAAGAGCUGAAGCGGUCGAGCUACAGACACGUCAAAGCGUCAGUACUCGGUUCUAGAGAUCAGAUGUGUAUUCACCCAGAAGUAUCAAAAGAGACAAACAACAUGAACAAAGUUCACAUGUGCCAGUUGAAGGUAAAAUCACGAACAUGCCAUUUUUACAAUAAUGUUGAAUCAAAAAAGGAGGACAGAUCUGUAAAAGGUGAUGAGAUUUUAGACAUUGAGGAUUUAGUUACUGUAGGGAAAAAAUUAAAAUGCUGUCCAUAUUAUUUAUCUAAAGAGCUAAAACAAGAGGCAGAUAUAGUUUUUAUGCCUUACAAUUACUUGUUAGAUCCAAAAUCUAGAAAAGCUAAUGGUGUAGAACUUUUAAAUAAUAUAAUAAUAUUAGACGAGGCACAUAAUGUUGAGAAAAUGUGUGAGGAAUCAGCCUCCUUACAAAUUAGAACAACAGAUGUUGCAUUAUGUAUAGAUGAAAUUACACAAAUCAUGAAAUCAUUUAUUGAAGGGUCAGAGGAACAGAUGGAUGCAUCUCUGGAUACCAACCAACCUAAAGACUUCACUUGUGAUGAUUUAUGUAUAUUGAAAGAAAUGAUGCUCGCCCUAGAAAAGGCUAUAGAUGAAAUCAAUGUGGGCACAGAGGGUACAACUUUUCCUGGUGGCUUUAUAUUUGAGCUCCUCGCUCAAGCAGAGAUCAAGGAUCACAACCAAAUGUCUGUCAUAACUUUGAUAGAAAAUCUCAUUCAGUACCUAUCUACAGCAAGUGCAUCUCCAUUUCAGAGAAAAGGGAAUGGAUUGCAAAAGAUUGUUGAUCUAUUGAACGUUGUGUUCAGUGGCACAACACAUACCUACAAGGAAAGAGUAAAGCUAUGUUACAAAGUCCAUAUUCAAAUUGAAGACAAGAAAAACAACAAAAAGACUGAAGGCUGGGGAGCUCUUAAAACUGCAAGUAGUAAAUCUGCUGAAAGAGUCUUAAGUUAUUGGUGUUUCAGUCCUGGAUUUGGCAUGAAGCAACUGUUAGAUCAAAAUGUUAGAAGCAUUAUUUUGACAAGUGGUACUUUGGCGCCAUUGAAACCCUUGAUAUCAGAGUUAGGAAUACCAAUUGGUGUGCAGCUAGAAAACCCACAUAUUGUUAAGUCAAAUCAGAUAUUUGUAAAAAUUAUGAGCCAGGGACCUGAUGGCGUCAUUUUGAAUUCUAAUUAUCAAAAUCGUGAUAAUCCUAAGUAUAUUUCCUCUUUGGGCAGGACCAUAUUAAGUUUUUCAAGGGUUAUACCAGACGGACUGUUGGUUUUCUUUCCUUCAUAUCCCAUUAUGACAAAAUGUCAGGAAAUGUGGCAAGCUGAGGGUAUCUGGUCAAGCAUAAACAAUAUAAAGCCAAUAUUUGUUGAGCCACAGAGAAAAGAAACUUUCAAUAGCAUCAUAAAUGAUUAUUACAGUAAAAUAAGUGAUCCAGGAUUUAAAGGAGCUUGUUUUAUGGCAGUUUGCAGGGGAAAAGUUUCAGAGGGCUUGGAUUUUGCUGACAUGAAUGGUAGGGCUGUAAUUAUAACAGGGUUACCUUUUCCACCUCUCAAAGAUCCAAGAAUAGUUUUGAAGAAAAAAUACCUUGAGGAAGUAAGAAUUAAACAGAAGGAAUAUUUGUCUGGUGAUGAAUGGUAUUCCUUAGAAGCUACCAGGGCAGUAAACCAAGCUAUAGGAAGGGUUAUCAGACAUCAGAAUGAUUAUGGAGCCAUUCUACUCUGUGACACCAGAUUCAAUAAUCCAAAGCUAAAGAGUCAGUUGUCUGCUUGGUUGAGAGACUACAUAAAUCUUUCCAACAAGUUUGGUGAAACAGUCAGUGAGAUUUGCAGGUUUUUCAAAAAUGCUGAAACCUCUUUGCCAGCUCCUAAACUUAAACCUUUGAUGCCACAUGAGCCAAAUAUCAAUUACAAUGAAAGCAGUAAUGUUAAUUUAACAGGCGUGUCAUUCCCAAUGGCAAAUGUUAGAACGGUGAAUAAAGGAUCAUGUAAAAAGUCAGUUAGUCAGUACCCAAACUCAAAUGAAGUGUAUGCAGAUUUUUCUAUGGACUUCUAUAAGAAUGCACAAUCAUCGUCAUAUGUUAAUAAUUUUAGACCUAAAGAAACUAAGGAUCUUUUCAGUGCAUUAGACAGUAGCAGUGAUUCUACAGAAGUUGUGACACAAUCAACAGUUACAGUACAUAAGAGAAAUGCAGAAGAAUCUAGCAUGACUAUGGCCAAGAAAAAGAAAUUGAAAAUAAAGGCAUUUGGUUUUGAAGAAAAUUUAAAUAGCACAGAACAAGUAGUUGAUACUAUUGUACAAGAAAGAACUGCACCUACUUCUUUAAUUGACUUUGUUAAAGAAAUUAAAUUAUUAUUAGAACAAGAAAAUUAUAAGAAAUUCCAGUUAGCCAUUUCUGUAUACAAAAAAGAAGGAGAUUAUGACCUGUUCCUAACAACAUUGUCUGGUUUACUGGAAAACAAAAGACUUUUUUAUUUAUUUAAAGGUAUGAAAAGAUUCUUGAAAGAAGACCAUAAAAAUAAUUUUCAAGUAUACUGUGAUAAUGUUAAGUUUUAAUGAUGUUAAACUAUUUUAAAUAUUAGAAAAUAAUUAGUAAAAUUAAAUUAUUAUUAAUAAUUCUUAUAACUUAAUAUAAUAAUAAAAUUUUCAAGUAAACAA